CAGCAGCAGCAGCAGAAGAAGAAGAAGCAGCUAACCAGCUGUUAGUAUGCCUUCCAGGUAGUUUGAAGUCUUUGAGGAGACUUUCUGACCAUAAUGGCGAGAGUUGGAGAAGACGCGGAGCUGCGCACUUUAACGGAGAUCAGCACGCUGUAGGAUGUUUCGGUCCAGAUGUGAAGAGUCUCAGUAUUGUAGUUUUUCACCCUAACCUGGUCUAAUGUGGUCUGGGUUCUCAAGAAUUCUGGGGAAUAGCCAUUUAUGCAGAUGGGAAGCUAGUUGGAGCAUCGUCAGCAGCACAGAGUCUGACUGCUUCCUCAUCCUCAGUGUCGAUACCGGUACCCUGGAGAGACUCUGCAGGACCUGCAGACCGCUCGGUCCCUGUUCUCAGACCUUCGGCUCUACGUUGAUUUUUACUGUUUUCCAAACAAAGAGAAAAGGAAGCUGCUGUUUCUGGCCGGGACACUUCCUGUUCUCUAUGAAGGAAGUCGUUAUAAUAUGCCAGUGUGCAUCUGGCUCCAUGAAACCCACCCGGCAUCUCGUCCCCGCUGUUACGUCUGUCCUUCAGUCUCCAUGGUGAUCAAUCCGUCCUGUCCCUGGGUGGAUUCCUCAGGAAACAUAAGUUUGGACGGACUCAGUAACUGGACUCAUGGAGUAUCUAGUCUUUCAGUGCUGCUAUCGGAGAUGACACAAGCUUUCCAAAAGGACACACCUCUGUAUGCCAGGUGUCCUCUGCAAGCUCCACCUUCCACAGGUGUGCCGGGCUCUGUUGGAAGUAUCCAGAAACCUUCCUCAUUCCCGCCCUCAUCCUCUGCUCAGAGCCACCUUCUCUCGCCUGUGUCAUGUUACCUGUCUGGACCGAAAGGUAAACUUCCUGUCUGGAUUGAAGCGAGCCAAUGGAAGCAGAGCAGGCAGGUAAGGGUGAGGACCUCCUACACGGAGGAGCUGCUGGGGAUUGACUUCAGCCCUCACCCUCCUUCCUUCAGCGGGAACCCUUUCUUGAGCUCUUCCUAUAAUACUUCAGAUGUUCCUAUCACAGACCCCAUCAGCCAGAUGAUGGUGGUUCUGAAGCUGGAUGGAGAGUUUAGUGGAGACCAGCCAGGUAACUCACCUGUAAGGAGCCUCCAGUCACAAGCAACUCAAAGCAGAAACACUACAGAUGUUGGCCCACAACCGAAUCUGUGUUCUCAGAAACCUCUGUCUGGACCAGCACAUGGAGCACACCUUAGCAAGAUAGCAGCCCGGCUUCCCAGAGACCAGGCGGCGGUCUUCUUGGCUCUGAUGACGAUGGAGGGGCGGAGCUUCAACACUACUGAUGUCAUAGAGGCGGUCCAGCUCAACAGAGAUUUAAAAUCUGCUCUCAGGUUCCUGACUCACACCUGCCCCAUCUGUCACGACCAGGUGUCCUUCAGUAAGAUCAUCACAAUGACCCACUGCUCCUGCUUCCUGUGUCAAACGUGUUUCACUGGGUUUUUCUCCGUCGCUAUCAGAGAGCGAAGCAUUGAUCAGCUGGUCUGUCCUCAGUGUGGUCAACCGGAGGUCAGAGGUCAGGAGGGUCUGGAGCAGUCUAUGGACUACUUCAGCCUGCUGGAUACACAGAUCCGUCACUUCCUGCCUGCUCAGAUCCACGAGCUCUUCCAGAGGAAACUCAGAGAUCAAGCCCUGCGGGGCAUGCCCAACUUCUGCUGGUGUGCUCACUGUUCGUUUGGGAUGCUCCACGAGGUUGACCGGUUGAGGAUGGACUGUCCCAGCUGUAAGAAGAGCACCUGCUCUCAGUGCAGAUCACCUUGGGUCCCUCAGCAUCAGGGACUCUCCUGUGAGCAGUUCAGAGUCUGGCAGCAGCAGAACCAGCCCAGCUCCCCCCUGCUGAACAACAGCAUCGCGUGUCCACAGUGCCAGUGUGUCUUCGGUGUGUCCAAAGGAGGCUGUCUUCACUUCACCUGCAGCCAGUGUGGACAUCAGUUCUGUGGCGGCUGUAGUCGGCACUUCGCUCUGGGAUCUGCCUGCAACUUCUCUGCUGAGUGUGGAACCAAAGGACUUCAUGCCCACCACCCCAGAGACUGCCUGUACCACUUGAGAGACUGGACUGUGACCCGUCUGCACCUGCUGCUCCAGCAUUACAGAGUGUCGCCCUCCUGGAUGGAACCAGCCAAUGGCAGCUCAGCUGACACCAGUCAGACAGCAGCGUGUCCUGUGUUGGAGCUCAGAGAUGGCAGCAGUGGGGAGGAGGAGCCAUGUGGACGACCUGUGCUACCUGAGUAUAGAGGAUACUGCCAACUACACUACAAGGAGUGUUUGGUGGAGCUGAUCAACCGUUGCCGUGCCGACCCAGUGGUCCUCUUCAGUCCAGCAGAGAUGGAGGCGGAGCUGCAGCGCUGGCACAUUACCGUGCCAAACAGGAAACCUGAUGAACCAGAGCCUCUGUACGCACACCGCCUACGCCUGAUGGUGACCAACAGCAUUCCUCUCGAGAAGCAGCGGAGCUCUCCAGUCAAACUUGACGAUGACCUUUGACCCCUUCCAGGCCUCCGCCAGCUUUCAGCAGACCAGUCAGAUGGCAGCACUCCUUACAGACAUCAUUGUCAGCCUCGACUGGUCAUUUCUGAUGGGCUCAGUGGUUGCCAGGGAAACAAACACAAAAAAGUAAAUAUAAAGAAUAAUAAAGAACAAAAGGACCAUAGACAAAGAAAGCAGCCUAUCACAGCUGACCCAAUGUUAACAAGCACUUUGACACUUCUGAUGCUAACAAACCUCUGUGUUCCAGGUCUAGCAUGUUGACCUGUCAGCAGAUAUUGUCCAUUUUAUCUUUUCGUUUUCUCCACUUUAACUGUCGCUUUAUUAAAUCCAGGAUUUAAUAAAUCCUGUUUUACAA